AAUCAUUAAACGCUAUUCCCCUCUCCUUCUGAUCUAAUCAAACACCAACAAUUCAUUUUAAGAAAAAAAAAAAAAUCAAUAACAACAUUUCUCUUAUCGUCUCUACUUUCCAGAUUCAGAUUUCUCCAACAAACACAACAAUGGCUGCAAAACUGGGGACUUUCCGGCACUCCCUGCUGGAGAAGAGGGAGAGGGACAAACUGACAUAUUCACUCCUAGGAUUUCCCCAAGAACAUGAUGAGGAAGCGGAGCGUGUGCGCUGUUUCUCCUACAGGCAUGUAAGCGAGAAAGUUGCCGGGUUCUUGAAAAGCGUCCCGGAUGUGGCUGCCCAGGCGUGGGAGAUGGGCAGGUCCGAUCCCAGGAAUAUCAUCUUCUCUGCAAAAAUGGGGUUUGCCCUGAUUCUCAUUACUUUGCUGAUUUUCUUGAAAGAACCAAUCAAGGAGCUCAGCCGCUACUCUGUUUGGGCCAUCCUUACCGUUGUCGUGGUGUUUGAGUUUAGUAUUGGCAUUAUCUGGUGCUAACAUUUUCAGCUGUGUUUUUUUUUUUUUUUUUUUUU